GUCCCAAGUUGAGUUUACUUGCUGUGCUGCUGCGUCGUGAGACAGUGGAUGGUAGAAGGACAAAAGUGGCUGAUUUGGGGUCUGUUCUGAGAGAGCCACCUCACCUUCAUCCUUCAGUGUAUAGAAAAGGAAAGUGACGCGUUGAGAGGCUACUUUUCAAUGGACAGACGGACUUAAAGGAAAGUGGUAAAGUCUGAGCAGGAGGAACAGGAGCUCCUCAGAUUGAAUUGAUCCUCCUUGGAUGUAUCAGAGAGGAGGGGACGUUUUCUCAUCGGAUCCCCUUUGGAAAUGAGCUACACGGCGGAUGUAAAGGAAGGUGACAGAAAUUCAAGAGGAAGAAUGAUAUCUGCAGGAAUCGGGUUGCUUUCAUCUCCUCUCUGAUUUCAUACUUUUUAGGGGGUUGAUCUGUUACAUCUUUUUAAAGAACCUUUUAAAUCACCCUAUCUAAUUUCCUUCCACCCCCCACACAACUCAGCUAGUUGAUCACACUCUUGCACAACUUGCAUUCAGCUGUAUUAUGGGAUGUCGGUGCUUGGUCUGUAAUUAAUUUUUUUAAACCAGGUUUUUUUUUUAAUAUUCCUUUUCUGAUCUAAUUUCACACAAUUGAGACUUGAACAUGGCCAUCAACACGGACACCGACUUCCUGAAGUCCAACUUAAGUGAGGGUGGAGGAGGCACUCAGGCAGCGGACCCCUACGAGACGGAGAAACUCCUGGCGCUGACCACCGAGCCUGGAGGAAAUGGGAUAAAGAUGUCCACCUCCUUUACGGUCAACAUGGACAGCGACAAGGGCCAGGAAGCAGACCUGAACGGCCACGGCGUUGCCGUGAGAUCGGGCUCCGCCGGACAGCUGGGCGCCGCCGCCCCCCUCUCCCCGUCUAAGGCCAGUCUGAGCCGCUCCUCCACCGGGAACGCUACAGUCCAGGAGACCCCGAAGCCCAAGGAUUACCUCAUCCUUGUUAUCUUGUCCUGCUUCUGCCCCGUCUGGCCCGUCAGCAUUGUCGCACUGGUGUACUCCAUCAUGUCCAGAAACAGUCUCCAGGUGGGGGACAUUGACGGAGCCAGGAGGCUGGGUCGACUGGCUCGUCUGCUCAGUAUCGUCUCCAUUGUCCUGGGCGUUGUCAUCAUCGUAGUCUACGUCUCACUUUCAGUAAGCUGACAUGGAGGACCUGAGGGGAAAAAAGAACCGUGAAAGCCAAACCACGGAUGCAAAGGAGGGAAAAAGUUCAUUCCAAAAAAAAUAAAACAAAAAAACAAUACAUACAAUUCCUAACUUAAUGCCAUAUUAUAUAAUUACAUCAUGAAUGACCUCAGAAAGCAAAAAAAGAAAAGGCAACUCAUGAGCGUAGGUACUGCAGCAAAUAAAUAAAAACAUACAGAGAAAAACAUCAGAGAUGCAUGCAAUAGAAUCCAGUAACAUUUGCUUGACAAAAAUAACAAACAAAAAAACGGAUGUCAAAUUGUUCAGGUUAACAGAGGAAAAAGAAAAUGCAGAUUUGUAUGUGGCCAGGAGUACUCAUAAAUGUUUUUCUUUUGAAAAACGGACUUUAUUAAACGAAAAAGAUGAUCCAGAGAGUGAACAAGAGACAUUUUCUAAGUAUGUGGGCUCCUUUGA